GCGCUGCGGGCGGCGGGGCGGGGGAAGCGGAGCGGCGGCGCCGCCGUUCCCCGGCUGCGCGGCCGCCUCCUCCCCUCCGCCUCUUCCUGGCCGCGGCCAGAGGAGCUGUGCUGGCAGCGGGGAGGCGGCGGCCGCGGCGCCCAGCUCCCGGCCCGCCAUGGCGAUCCGCAAGAAGAGCAACAAGAACCCGCCGGUGCUGAGCCACGAGUUCAUCGUGCAGAACCAUGCGGACAUCGUGUCCUGCAUGGCCAUGAUCUUCCUGCUGGGGCUCAUGUUCGAGAUUACAGCAAAAGCAGCCGUCAUUUUUGUUACACUUCAGUAUAAUGUUACCAUUCCUGCCACAGAAGAACAAUCUGCAGAAACAAUCUCUCUCUAUUACUAUGGCAUCAAAGACUUGGCUACAAUUUUCUUUUACAUGCUGGUAGCAAUAAUCAUACAUGCUAUAAUUCAGGAGUAUGUACUGGAUAAAAUUAACAGGAAAAUGCACUUUUCAAAAACAAAGCAUAGCAAGUUCAAUGAGUCUGGGCAACUUAGUGCAUUCUACCUUUUCUCCUGUGUUUGGGGAACGAGUAUUCUUGUCUCUGAGAACUAUAUAUCAGAUCCAACCUCUCUGUGGAGGGACUAUCCUCACGCUCUGAUUCCGUUUCAAAUGAAGUUUUUCUACAUCUUACAGUUGGCAUACUGGUUUCAUGCUUUUCCAGAACUGUACUUUCAGAAAACUAAAAAAGAAGAUAUCUUUCGCCAGAUUGUCUACAUUGGACUUUACCUCUUUCACAUUGCUGGAGCCUAUCUCCUGAAUCUGACCCAUCUUGGACUUGUUCUUCUGGUAUUGCAUUACUUCGUUGAAUUUCUUUUCCACAUAUCCCGUCUUUUCUACUUCAGUGAUGAAAAAUACCAGAAAGGAUUUUCACUGUGGGCAGUUCUUUUUGUUUUGGGAAGGCUUCUCACCUUGAUUCUCUCAGUCCUCACUUUUGGCUUUGGACUGGCAAGAGCAGAAGAUCAGCAGCUGAAUUUCAGUACUGGGAACUUUAAUAUCCUGGCUGUUAGAAUCAGUGUGCUGGCCUCCAUCUGCAUGACCCAAGCAUUUAUGAUGUGGAAGUUCAUUAAUUUCCAGCUUCGGAGGUGGAGAGAGCAUUCUUCUUCUCAGCCUCAGUCAGUGAAAAAGAAGUUUGUAUCAGCUAAAGGAAAGACCUCCAGAAAAGAAAGAGAAAAUGGAAUAAAUGGAACAGUGACCUCAAACGGAGCAGACUCGCCUCGCAGCAGGAAGGAUAAAUCCUCGUAAAACUGGGUUUUAUUAAGUUAAUUGACUAAUGUCCCCAAAGAAUCUGCUUUUUACAUGGAUGGCCCUUCAGCACUAGAGAUAUUAUGGAUUAAAGAAAAUACAAUUCAUGUUUUUUGAUUAUUGCUGUUGUUUUGAGAAACUUUUUUUAAAAAACCAUUUUGACUAAGGAAAAAGGUUUAUCUCUCUUCAAAUACUUGGGGGGAGGAUUCAACACUUUUUAAAACACAUUGAAGCUUUUUUAAAUAUUUACUGUGAUGAAAUAACUUACUUAAUGAGGAUCACUGUUGCAGUGUAUUAUUUCCUUCCAGUUUUUGUAAUCUUGGUGAUACUGUUCUACCAGCUUCACUUUUUCCAAGUUCCUCAAAAAGUAUUGCAAAAUUGAAGUAAAAACAUUGUAUGCAUAUUCAGAUACUCUGGGUUUUCAGUUAAUUACCUUGAUUCAAAUUUACAUUUCAAUUUGGGAUUCCAAGACCACACCAAUAGACCUCUUUAUUUGGUAGUUACUAUAGCUGCACAAUGUCUGCUCUAGGAAUUGCCCCAUAUCAUUAAAACAAAACUGAACUAAUUGGAAA